GGAGGAAUUCUUAGAAAUGUGGGAACAUAGGCACGCUCCCAUUGAAAUUACUUUCCCUGAUCAGACAGCUUCUCAGGGCUAUGCCUGUCUGUGUGUACAAACUGGCAGUUCGAAACUACGCUUGAUCGACAUUGCACCUGUUAAGGAAGGACAAUUUACACCUUGAUAAUUGCUCUAGUUCGUGGAGUCUCAUCAUUUUCCACUGUAGCUCUGCCCUAUUUCAACCUGAGGUUUAAUCCUAACCACUAAAACCUAACACCUGUGUGCAUGCAGGGCCUUAAAAAAAUCAAAAGCAUUGAACAAAAACAAUUUUUAGAGGGGUAUUUAUAAAAUCAAAUAACUUUGAUAUCUAGGACCCCUCGAAAACGAGAUGCUACAUCUCAAGUGGUUAUUCCUAAUAAAAGAAUUUCCAAUAAUUAUCUCUAAAUAUGAUAUGAUCUUUUAGGAGAAAAUGUGCUUGUUCCUGAGAGCAUUAUUAGCAGGGGAUGAAAACCUAGUUUAAAAAAACUGUCGACCUUUACUGGUGACCAUGUAAAAUGGCAGCAAUAAUGAUGAAACAAAUAUACAUUUCUAUCCUCUGUAAAACUACCCUACAACUGAAACUUGAAUGUGUAGCCUAUCUCAUGUCAAAAAAAGACCUAAUUUCUUCAUGCACAAGCCUAUUUUUACGGUCCUUUUUAAACCGUUGUAAUGUGCUGCAGCAGGUGCUAUCUAUAGGAGUUGUGCACUGUAAUAUAUGUUCCUUACUUUAAGUAUACUUUAAUGUUUAAUUGAAUUGACAUAUCUGAUUUUUUUUUUUUCAUGUGGACUUUCGCCUUAAUUAGAACAAAAUAAUAGAAAAAAAAUAACUCCCACCAUCAAAAGGCAUAGAAUUUAACAAAAACAGCAAGGACCACCCAAAGGGUAUUUUGACCCGAUAGACUUGAUGCGUGUCAUUUGGCUAAGCAGCCCGGCCUAUGAGUGCAAACACAAGUAUGCUCGCCCGUGAGCAUAAAAUCCUCGAGACCUUUACCCGGGAGAAAACAGGCUCACGGGCGAGCAUACUUGUGUUUGCACUCAGUUUCCUUAUAUUGAACUUCCAUUUAACAGUAACAGGCUGGUUGUGAAUCGCUACAGUUCCCUCAAUUCUAAAGAAUUCCGGAGUUGUUUCACGUCAAGUCGUCGUGACCCGUUUCCCGGUUUCUUAACUUGACAACGCCUUCUGACGUCAGCCGCACCGACGAAACUACAAGGAACUCACCUGGCUGGCUCGGGAACGGACGAGCAGGGAAAGAACGAACUAACUAAUUAAUUAACUAAUUAACUAACUAACUUGUAGUCUGUCUGGCUAUCACCAGACCGAGCUCAAUCUUUUAAGACUGAACGUUAUAAAUCUAAUCGCCGGCAGAUCGGCCUGGGUUUACCCAGUCUAACAAACUUCUCCUCUAGAAACACUAACUUUUCCAUGAGCUUGUCCGGUCAAACGAUGUGAACUCGCGACCUGUUGUUUUUGAGGAAAUUGUUGCUUCCUUUGUUCUUCUUUCAUUUUUGUUCUUCUUUUUUUUUUUUUAAACGCAUCUGGGACGUUUAUGGACUCGCGGACAGUGCGGUUUAUUAUUGAAGAAGUUAUAACUAAUAGGCACUUCCGGGUUGCGACUACAGCCAGGCAUUUGGCACAGUGAGUAGGAAGCAUGGAUCUGGAAGGCGUUGUCGCACAUGACAUCCAGCUGCAGACCUUCAAGACCAAUGGGAACGAUGGAGCGUCAUAUUCCUCUCAUGAACAGGGGGGAGCAGAUGAUGUAGAUGGUGCGCCCCACAGGAUCCCUAAUGCAACAGAGCGAGACGGGCUGCUUUCUGUACAGACUCCUAGUUGUAAUGGGGAGACGGUGGACCAUGCAGCAGGAGCUCCUCAAAAGUGUUAUUUCUUGAAUGAUGUCUCAUUAAGCUCCGUGGACAGGAUAAAGAGAGAGCUGAAUGAGGUUGUCUACUGGAAAGUCAAACUGUGGAUGGUCAUCCUCUUCAUCUUUGUUCUCAUCGUGGCUGUGAUAAUGAUCUCACUGGUCCUGUGUUCAGUGAUCCACGAGGACGAGGAUGAGAACUUUGACCGUUCGUUGUUUACAGUUCCUCGGUCUUUCAAUGGGAGCUUCCAACUGCCCAAUCUGGUCUUCACAGAGGAACUUUCCACCCGUUCCUCCAGUGAAAGCCAAACACUCGCUGCUCACCUUCAAGAAAAGCUGGCUGGCCUCUACAGAUCCUCCCCUGCUCUGGGACGGUACUUCUCCGAAGCUGAGAUAUCUGCUUUCAGGAACGGUUCAGUCAUCGCUGACUACCAGCUGACAUUUGUCAUGCCUGAGGAGCAGCAGGAUCAGCUGAGGAACGUAACCCUGAGCAGGGAGAUGGUGUACAACGUGUUCAGACAGUUUCUGUAUGACCAGGAGCAGCCAGAUGAGUCAGGGCAGAUGUACAUUGAUCCAGUUUCCCUAAACAUGUCUUUAAGACACUAGUGACACAUGUAGGGCUGUAUAUUGGCAAAGAUACGAUACGUAUCACGAUUCAAUAUAUUGCAAUAUAUUUCGAUAUUGUGUGUAAGGCGAUAUAUUGGGAUUUUUUAAAUUUUAUAGA